CUUCCCGCCAAAACUCUCUUUCCCCUCUCCCCCUUUGCCGCCAAAUCCAUCUCUCUCAGCCUCAUCUUCCUCUACCUCUCUAUUUCUCUCGCUGCAACUCUCUCUUUCUCAUCACGUGUAGUUGAGCCAUGAAGGACCUUGACUUGGACGCCGAGAGAGGUCUGGCGAAGGAUUUUCUUUUGAAUUUCGCUGACGCAAAUGGCGAGGCCAAGUACAUGAAUAUACUUCAAGACGUUGCAAAUCACAAGAUCCGAGCCGUCCAGGUUGAUCUGGAGGACCUGUUUAAUUACAAGGAUUUAGACGAAGAGUUUUUCAGGCGGGUUACUGAGAAUACCCGCAGAUAUAUUGGAAUUCUUGCGUCUGCUGUUGAUGAACUUUUGCCAGAUUCCACAGAGCCUUUUCCAGAUGAUGAUCAUGACAUAUUGAUGACACAGAGGACUGAGGAUGGAACAGAGAAUGUGGAUGGUUCUGAUCCACAUCAGAAGAUGCCUCCAGAGAUCAAGCGUUAUUUUGAAGUUUAUAUCAGAGCACCUUCAAAGGGGCAACCAUUUACUAUCAGGGAGGUGAAGGCUUCCCAUAUUGGCCAGCUUGUUAAAGUAUCUGGUAUUGUGACCCGGUGUUCAGAUGUUAAGCCACUGAUGCAGGUUGCUGUAUAUACAUGUGAAGAAUGCGGAUUUGAAAUUUACCAGGAAGUAACUGCCCGGGUCUUCAUGCCCUUGUUCGAAUGCCCAUCCAGAAGAUGCAAAACAAACAACACAAAGGGGAAUCUCAUUCUCCAACUUAGAGCAUCAAAGUUUUUGAAGUUUCAGGAGGCCAAGAUACAAGAGUUGGCUGAACAUGUUCCAAAAGGCCAUAUUCCAAGGUCAAUGACGAUUCAUUUUAGAGGAGAACUCACCAGAAAGGUUGCUCCAGGAGAUGUUGUUGAAUUAUCAGGGAUCUUUCUUCCUAUUCCUUACACUGGAUUCAGAGCACUGCGUGCUGGCUUAGUUGCAGAUACAUACUUGGAGGCGAUGUCAGUAACUCACUUUAAGAAAAAAUAUGAGGAGUAUGAACUUCAAGGCGAUGAGGAAGAGCAGAUCGCCCGUUUAGCCGAGGAUGGUGAUAUUUAUAAUAAGCUGGCGCGAUCCCUGGCACCCGAAAUUUAUGGACAUGAAGAUAUCAAAAAGGCUCUUCUGCUGCUCCUUGUGGGUGCUCCUCACCGGAAGUUGAAGGAUGGGAUGAAGAUUAGAGGAGAUUUGCAUAUAUGUUUGAUGGGCGAUCCCGGGGUUGCCAAAAGUCAGCUUCUCAAGCACAUAAUAAAUGUAGCGCCUAGAGGAGUAUACACCACAGGCAGAGGAAGCAGUGGAGUUGGUCUAACUGCUGCAGUUCAGAAGGAUCCAGUGACAAAUGAGAUGGUCUUGGAGGGGGGAGCUUUGGUGCUGGCAGAUAUGGGUAUAUGUGCCAUUGAUGAAUUUGAUAAGAUGGAUGAAUCUGAUCGUACUGCAAUCCAUGAAGUUAUGGAGCAGCAGACUGUUAGCAUUGCCAAGGCCGGAAUCACUACAUCUCUAAAUGCAAGAACUGCUGUUCUUGCUGCUGCAAAUCCAGCCUGGGGAAGAUAUGACCUACGGAGAACUCCAGCUGAAAAUAUAAACCUUCCUCCAGCUCUUCUGUCAAGAUUUGACCUUCUGUGGUUGAUCCUUGAUCGUGCAGAUAUGGAUAGUGAUCUUGAAAUGGCUAGGCACAUCGUUUAUGUGCACCAGAAUAAAGAAUCACCUGCUCUUGGGUUCGCUCCACUUGAACCAUCUAUUCUCCGUGCGUACAUUUCGGCUGCUAGGAAAUUAUCACCUUGUGUCCCAAAGGAAUUGGAGGAGUACAUUGCGAGCGCCUACUCCAGCAUUCGACAAGAUGAAGCUAAAUCAAAUGCUCCUCACUCGUACACCACUGUUAGAACGCUGCUUAGUAUUCUCCGUAUAUCAGCUGCCCUUGCUAGACUCAGAUUCUCAGAUACUGUGGCCCAAAGUGAUGUUGAUGAAGCCUUAAGGUUAAUGCAGAUGUCAAAAUUUUCUUUGUACUCUGAUGAUCGUCAGAGAUCAGGUCUGGAUGCCAUCUCUGAUAUCUAUUCUAUCCUGCGGGAUGAAGCUGCAAGAGCUAACAAGAUGGACGUCAGCUAUGCCCAUGCUCUCAAUUGGAUCUCGAGAAAGGGGUACAGCGAACCCCAGUUGAAAGAAUGUUUAGAAGAAUAUGCAGCCUUAAAUGUGUGGCAGAUACAUCCCCACACCUUUGAUGUCAGAUUUAUUGAUGCUUGACAAGUGAUGCUUUGAUAUCAGAUUUAUUGAUCCUUUUCUAAUUUUUCGGGCAGUAUGGAAUCAAGAUAUCAGUAGGUUUCGAGUUAUAUAUUUCGAAUUACUGGUUGCACAUGACUUCCAAGCAUACCGUCAAAUUUUUAGAAACCAUACUUCGUGCUUUGUGACAGUUUCUGCAGUUGGUAAUUUAUGCAAAUUUGAACUUUGUACCGGAAAAGGUUAGACUAAGCUUCCAGUUUUCUAUUACUCAACCUUGGCUUGUGUCAAAAUAAUAAUUGUUCCACAUACGGUUUUGAGCUGUGGAACAUAUAGGUUUGCAUCAAAUAGAGGCCUGUCGAUCUUGUUUUAA